AUGGAGCAUCCCGACAUCGUCAGCCAUGACUCGGAUGGCUCGGGGUCGUCUGAUGAGUUCCCCCCGCAGUAUCCCCUGAGGGCCAACUCGUCGUUCGGCGAGACCUUCGUCGAGGAACAGAUCCAGACGCCGGCCACGACCAUCACCUCUUCCCCUCCAUCGCACUCCUCCAGCCUGUCCUCAUGGUCCAGCACGCCCACCACCCGACCACGCGGGGCUAGUGUGGGCGCCAAUACCGUUCUCGAGACGCCUGAGGGCCAUGCCAUGGCCCCCGAUCUACGACCGCAACGCCCUUCGGCUCCGGCGAGAACCCCCUCGAACACCUACGCGCCGCAACGCCGACCACCCCAGUACAUCAGCUUCCAGAGCGACCGUACACGCUCCUCGUCUGCCAAACGGGGUACCCGACGUGAUCCUAACGCCCAGUAUCGCGCCCAGGAAAAGGCCUACGUCCAGCGGAUCCGCGCCAACCCGCAGGCCUGGUACCACCAUUUCAACGACGGGCAGUCUCCCAACAUGAUGGUUGCCGAUGCCGACCUAGAGGAACCUUCCCCGUCCUCGGAGGUCCCCUUCGAUGACGACUCUUACGACCCUGAUACCCAACUGUUUCUCGCCGACGAUAACCUUCCGACUAUCGAAGAGCUGAAGAACCCAAAGAAUCAGGAGCGACUGGAGUGGCAUUCAAUGCUGGCGUCUGUGCUAAAGGGAGAUGUGGUCCGGCAAGAGAAGCAGCGCUUGAUCGGAUCCACCGAGUCCAAGCGUUCUGCCGCUCUGGGUCAUGCCCUUUGGAUCGGCGUCCGAGCGAAGACUUGUGGCCGAAGUAUCGCGCUGCAGCGGAAGCUCAUCGAAGAUUCCCGGGCUCAGCUCGGUCCAUUAAUUGAAGACAUUAUCAACUUCCAGAUUAAAGGCGAGACCGAGAUCGGCAAGCCCCCAAGGCAGCAAGUCGAAGAUGUGGUAGAAAAGGUUGAGAAGUGCGAGGUUCUGUAUUCCACAUGCAAGGAAAUGGAGGCGGCAAACCCUCGCACGGCAUCCGAGGAAUUCUACUCCAGUCGAGCGGCCAUUUUUGCCUGGCAUAAUAUCACAGCCCUCAUUAAUACUGAGUUGGCUGUGCUACAGAGCUGGGUUGGCAAUGAUGCCCUCGACUUCAGCCAGCCUAGGACAAAAUCCGCAAAUAGCGAUCUCUCGGAUGACUCGUCCUUUUUGGAUCGCAUUAUGAAGGAAGACGGACUCAAGACGCUGCAGGGUGGCCACAGCAUGCUCAACGGACUCGGUGAGGUCAUUCAGAAAGCAAAGAGCACCUUGAUUGAGAAUGCAGAAGCUUUUGCCGCUCGACAUCUUCCCCCCUACAUCGAGGAACUCCUCACUCUCAUCAAUUUCCCUUCGCGCCUGAUACAGGAAAUCAUCCGCGUUCGACUGUCAUACGCCAGGACCAUGAAGGACCCGGCACAGCAGUCGCCCAUCCUCGUGGAUCAGAUGAUCUCACAGUUCCAGAUCCUGAUGAGAGUCGCUACCCAGAUUAAGCAACGUUACCUUGCCAUCUCAAGGCCCGAGCCUGGCUGGGAUUUGCCUCCUUGCGUGGACGAGAACUUCGACUCCGUGGUUUUAGAUGCCAUGAAAUAUUACUUUCGCUUAUUGAAUUGGAAGCUGAAUGCCAACAAGAAUACGUUCAAGGAAGCUGAAAUCCUUGAACAGGAAUGGGAGUUCUCGUAUGUGAUAGGACGACAACUUGAAAGCGGUGAUAUCGAGGUCGCAGAGCAGUUUAGGUUUGUACUCCCCAUCCUCGGGUUUAAAUCCAGAAAAAUAGAGCUAAUUGUGCGAUCGGACAGUGCUUUGACUGCCAAAUCACUUCAGCGACUCAUGAUUCAUUUUGAACGCGAGCUUGUACCAAGAGCUAACGAGUCUGUGGCCGACAUGGACAAGCGAUACAAAAGCAUUCUGGAUUCGACGCGUAUCCGUCAACGCAAACUUUACCGAUUCUCUAGAUUUCUUUGCCAGCUCUUCGAAAAUGCCACCGAGUAUAACCUGACUACCGAUAUCGCCUACGAAUUCUUCGAGGCACUCCUCGUUUCUGACCACUUCCUGGUUACAUCACCGAGUUCGGUCGGCCAGAAGGGUGUCUACCUUAUCGCGCAUCAUUCGCUCUGGAAUCGACCUGCUGACAUUCAAGCAAUCCUUGCCACCUCUUUCCGAGAAGAUGAUACUUUGAAAGACGCCCCCAACUUCCCCUACGUUCUGGUCAUCCGCCCCGAGAAGCCCUUGGGCUGGGCCGGAAAAGAAAUGCAGGUUGAUUUCUUGGAACAGCCGACCGACGUGCGCCUGGGCAAACUGCGUCUGGUUGUCGAGGGCAUGCAAGAGCGACUACAGAACGCAAGAAUGGAGCUUGCUCAGCUGACCGGUAUCCAACUUGACAUGGCUAUCGAAAAGCGCGCAAAUCUUGGUCGGGUCAAUGUGGAACUAAACAAGAUCAAGAAGAUCUCUUUCAAGCUUUCCAUGGCGAUCAUGGACAGUGUGGCGGUGAUCAAGGAUCAGCUGCGGAAGAAGACAUGGGAGAACAACGAUCUGAUUCAAGCUUGCUAUGCGUUUGCAACCGAAUUUGGAAAGCGUUCGUCCAAUUAUGUGGAUGCCAACAGACGUGCUAUGAAUAGUGCUCGGUUGGUCGAACUGUCUCUUGACUGGGUAUCUUUCAUCUGCGACGAGUGCGAUGCCGCUGAUCGAAAGACCUUUAAGUGGGCAGUGGCAGCCCUGGAAUUUGCCAUGGCGAUCACCUCCAGCCGACACCUCCUCUCUAUGGACGAAGAGCAAUUUGGCCAUCUUCGGUUAAAGGUGGCAGGUUGCAUGUCUCUCCUCAUCUCUCACUUUGACAUAAUGGGGGCCCGGUCGUCACUGGCCGCACAGGCCGAGAAGCAGCGCAUGGAAGAGCGUGCAGGCAACCGAAAGGUCGGCGCUGGGCGCAUUCUCAGCGACGAGGAGGCAUCUAAGCUCAUUCGUGAGCAGUGGUAUGCGCGGGUUACGGAGAUUGAAGACCGGCGGGUGGAGGAGGAUGCCAAGCGCCAGGCUCUGGGACGAGUGUUGGAGGGCUCCAAUGAAGCUGACCGGUCACUUACGGUACUCUCAUCCUCUGCGACCAAUGUCACAUUGCGUUGGCAGCAGGGUCAGUUCAUCGGCGGUGGUACCUUUGGAUCUGUCUACGUGGCCAUCAAUCUUGAUAGCAACUAUCUGAUGGCAGUCAAGGAGAUCCGUCUGCAGGAUCCUCAAUUAAUCCCCAAGAUUGCGCAGCAAAUUCGGGACGAAAUGGGUGUUCUCGAAGUCCUUGACCAUCCCAAUAUUGUGUCGUACCACGGAAUUGAGGUACACCGGGACAAGGUCUACAUUUUCAUGGAGUAUUGUUCUGGGGGCUCACUAGCUAGCUUGCUGGAGCACGGCCGCAUUGAAGAUGAAACGGUCAUUAUGGUCUAUGCCCUGCAGCUCCUAGAGGGUCUGGCAUACCUUCAUCAAGCAGGUAUUGUCCAUCGGGAUAUCAAACCGGAGAAUAUUCUUCUUGAUCACAAUGGUAUCAUCAAAUACGUGGAUUUCGGCGCUGCGAAGAUCAUCGCUCGAUCAGGCCGUACUGUUGCUCCGAUGGACGGUCCCAAUGGCCAAGGUCCUCCUAUCCCCGGAAAGGAUGCUCAGUUGCCUAAUCAGCGAAAGAAUCAAAAGACAACAACAGGAACUCCCAUGUACAUGUCUCCUGAAGUAAUUCGCGGUGACUUGCCUAAUCUGGUCGACCGCCAAGGUGCUGUUGACAUCUGGUCACUGGGAUGUGUGAUUUUGGAAAUGGCCACUGGCCGUCGCCCCUGGUCCACACUUGACAACGAGUGGGCGAUCAUGUAUAACAUUGCUCAAGGUAACCAGCCAGCUCUGCCGACCAGGGAUCAGCUCAGCGAUUUGGGUAUCGAUUUCGUGCGUCGCUGCUUUGAGUGCGAUCCUCUGAGACGACCGACUGCCGCCGAGCUCGUUCAGCAUGAGUGGAUCGUCUCCAUUCGUCAACAAAUCGUCCAGGAGCCUGCAACUCCCAGCAGCGAGAGUGGCAGCUACAGCAGCAGCUCGAACUCUACCAGCCGUCAGAAUUCGACAUAUUUGUGA